AUGCCACUCACACCUUCCACCCCCUCCUCUCCCUCUCCUCCCCGCUCACCCCGCCCGCUCUUCCCCCCGACCACCGCCUCCAGUCCAAGUCCCUCACUCGCCCCCGCCCUCCUCCCUACUUCCUCGCCCUCUUCAACGAACUCGUCUGGAUCCGGCUCGGCAAGGCGCGGACGACGCGCGACGAGGAGAGCGGGGAGCGUGCAGGCGCGACGGAGCGUCGCGAGUUUGGGACUGGGCGUGCAGUUCGCGAAUAUGAACGAGCUCACGGGUCACGGUGGGGGCAGUGGGAGUGGGAGCUUGAGUCCGGCUGGGAGCGGGAGUGCGGUGGGUAGUACGAGUCCUUCGCCUCAGCGCAAAGGGGGGUCGAGGAGGAGUUCGGUACAGUUUGCGACGGCGACGCCUUCUUCGCCCCCGAGGAUCUCGUCACCUUCUUCACCGACUAUCCCACCAACCGCAUCGCUCUUCCCUCCCGCCGCCGGCACGACCGCCCCCUCAGCAGCGCCCCUCUCCACCCCCUCCCUCUCCUCUCCCACCUUCUCCUCCGCCUCGCUCGCCACCGCAGGAGCGAAAACCCACCUCGCCUCUUUCCUCUCGGGCAUCACACACCACACGCGCGUGCGGUCUCCCGGUCCAAGUGGCGGGCGAGGCGUGAGUCGGAGCGCGAGUCGGUCGCAUUCGCGUGCUUCGAGCGUGAGUGGGCGGAGUCGGAUGCCUAGCAGCGGGGGAGGAAGUGAGGCGGGAGCAGCAGAAGAGGAGGGCGAGUCGUGGACGCCUGGGGAUGGAGUGGGCGAGUGGGAGGACGGCGCGCAAGGAGGGACGGAGGGGCGGGAGUUUAAUUGGUUCGGGACGGCUCUGGCGGGGUCGACUACGACGAGCGGCUUCAAUGGUCCUACAGGUCGCUUCCGGUCUCCCUCGGCUUCUUCCCGUCCUCCUCCGCACACGAACCGCGCAAGAUCGACCUCCUCUCGCGCCAGUUCGAUCCACACCCGCUCGCGACGCAACUCGCUCACUCCUUCGCUCGCAUCGGCAACUUCUCAUCCGCUCUUGCAUGAGCUUGUGAGGGAGAACACGACGGGGGGUGUUGUGCCGAGUGAGGUUGUGCAAGGAGGGGAGGGCAAGGUACAGCAGUGGGAGGCGACGUACGAGACUUACAAGCCUUCCGUCCUCACCACUCCCCGCUUUCAACGCACAACGACGGACGAAGAACCGUUUCUCGACUCGGCGCCGAAUUCGCCCCGAGCUGGGGCGGGACAACUUGUCGCACGGACAAAGACGUACGACUCGUUCGUCUCGUCCUCCGAAGACGGAGGCGAAUCGGCUGCUUCGAAUGACCUCUCGGCUAUCGACGUCUUUGAGGAGGGCGAGCGGAUCGGCGUUGGAGUCUGGCUCGAAGGGCGCGGAGGAUACGUGCGGGAUUGUUUUGCGGGCAGAGCCGACAUGGACGGCAAGGCGCCUGGGAAUGGGUUGGACGGGCCGCGACAACUCGAGAUUGAGCGCCGGCUCGGCGAGGGCACGUACGCGAUCGUCUACCUCGUUCGCGAGGUGCUCUACGACCCCGACCCGACAGACGACGACAUCCUCUCGCCUAUCGACCCGCUCGCCUCGUUCGAAUUUGACGACCGCCACGCCGACGCCAACUCGGACACCGGCUCGACGAGCGGUCGCCCGCGGCUGCACUCGUGGAGCUCAGACUUCUACGCCCCGCCUCCGAAACCGACGUACGGGCAGUACUACGCCCUCAAGUGCCUGUGCAAGAAGAACCUCACGGAGGACUUGAUCGAGGUGCAGCGCAACGAGGCGUUCUUGCAUCGUGCGCUGCCGAAGCACGAGAACAUCGUCCAGAUGUACGGGGCCUACGAGACGGACGACUGGCUGUUCCUCGUUCUCGAGUACGCCGGCGGACGCGACGCGUUCUACUGGCUUCUCGAGGCGCAGGAGCACGGCACCGAGGACCUGUAUUCGCGCGCCGCGUCCCCCGCCGCCGAGAACAGCCCGAACGGCCGCUCCUCGUUCGACUUUGACAAUCCCGACCCGGACGACUCGUCCCUCUCGCGCACCAUCACAGCCGACACGCCCGCGCACCUCCUCGUUGACGAGACGCCUCCCUCACCUUCGCUCCUCUCGGCUGCAAUGGGCGACCAGCUCCUCUCGCGCAAGCGGCUGCGACUCAUCUCGCGCAUGUUUGGGCAGAUGUGCUCGGCCGUCCAGGCGUGCCACGACGUCGGCAUCUCGCAUCGCGACAUCAAGCCGGAGAACUUUAUCGUCAUCGACGGCAAGGGUGACCGCGGGAGCAGGGCGGCGGGCCUCCCGCCUUCGGCCGUCACGCAAGGACCGGAUGGGAAGCAGGGCGUCGUAGUCAAGAUUACCGACUGGGGACUGGGCACGAUGGAGGAGGUCUGCGAGGACUUUGACUGCGGAAGCAAGCCGUACAUGGCCUACGAGUGCCGCAACAACCUUCGCCCGACGUACGACCCGCGACAAGCCGACGUCUGGUCGCUUGGCCUCGUCUUCCUCAACCUGCUGUACCACCGCAACCCGUGGGCCGACCCGUCGCUCGACGACCCCGACUUUGCCGAAUACGUUGAAGAUCCGAUCGGCUUCCUCCAGAACCGCUUCGAGGGCAUGUCGGACGAGGUCGCGCACUACCUCGCCGACAACGUCUUCUGCGACGUCCUCGAGAUCGUCGAUGGCAAAGAGCGGCGGCGUGUGUCGGCGGGCGAGUUCGGCAAAUGGGCCAGCAGGCUGGUCAUGAUGCUCGGCGAGGGUCAGCUCGGUCAACAGCGGCCGCAGAUCGCGUCGUCCGACUCGUUCUCGGCGUUCGAGUUCUCGCCCGUGGCGACCAUGCCUCUCACAAUCCCGGGCGGCGGACCGCCAACGACUUCGCUCCUCUCGCAAUUCGCGCCGUCAACCGUCAAGGCGAACCAGUCCAUCUUUGACGACUUGCCGAACGAGCUUCCAACGGUUCCCGAAGUCGCUGGCGACUCGUCCUUCCGCUCGAACGCCCCCUCCUUCCCGACGUCGUCGACGCCCUCGCGGCCUGCCUACAUCAGCUCGCCGAGCGCCAUCUCGGAAGACGGCGACAGCCUCCCCUCGCCGACUUUCCCCUCUCCGCCGGUCCCGAACGCUCGCCUUCCUGCCGGCUCGAACACGACUUCGCCAGAAGGUUUGCAGCGACCCUUGCCCUGGUCUACUCCGUCCAUCACGACCUCGCCGCUCGAGUCGCUCCCGACCCGGCCUGACAUCCCGCCCCUGCCCUCCAAAAAGGGCGGCAUGUUCGGCCGCUUGAAGACGCUCGUCAACGAGGGCAAUCAGGACCUCGAGGCCUUCAAGCGGCGAGUCGAGGAGCGGAACGCCUCGAUCGGAGCGAACGCCGACACGACCUCUGCGCCAGCGAAGAUGCAGGGUGCGCGAGCGCCGCGCGGCAAGUACGACUCGCCGUUCUCGUCGCGCGGGUCGGUCGGGACGGCGAGUUGGGGGUCGAACUGGAGUGGAAACGAGCCGGCUGGCGGGGCGGACGAGAGUCGCGGACGCGGGUCGGCGCACGAUCAUUGGUCGUCGGCUUCGACGCGACGGGACCGCCUCGCCGGACGUCGCGGACAGCCUGCUGGACCCGGCAGCGCCGCCGUCGACUUCUCCCCCUCGAGCUCGAGCCUGACUCGCGGCGGCCCGUCGACCCUCUCGGCUUUCGACUCGGCAAGUCGCACGCACACGCCUUUGUCGAGCUUCGGCAGCGUCGGCUCGCCUCUCGAGACCAAGUCGACCGGGACCGCCACCUCGACUACAACCGCAACAGGCCGCGAAUGGCGCAGUCCCAGCCCCUCACGUGCCGCUCCUCGUCCGUACUCGUCCUCCCGUGCACGGGAAUCGCCUCUACCCGCCCUCGCACCCGCACUCGCCAUCACCGGCUCGACGCCUCUCGCUGCCGCCGCCGCGCCUCGACCCAAGUUGCGCGACGCAGCGACGGAUACGAGCGAUCUGGGCAAACUCUCCACCUCUCCUCCGCCUCCGCCCCUGCAAACCUCCGCCUCGUCGCCCACCAUCUCCACCGCCCCCGCGCGUCCCCCUCCUCAGCCCACCGCGUCUCCCGCCCCUUCUCCGACUCCCGCACCCGCCACUCUGCCCAACGCAGCAGGAGGAGGAGGCAAGACCAACAAGCUCGCCAAGAUGCUCAACUCGAUCUCGGUCUUCAACCGCACGCAAGUAGUCGAGAAACCUUCUUCCUCGCCGUCCCCUUCUCCUUCGACCGCGCCCGGGGCGGGGACGCAAUAA